GCCACAAUGAGCACAUUCUUAGAUUUCUCGGCCAUAAGUGGUGGUGGAGAUGGAGGUGGCGGGGGCUCGUGCUCAGUCAGAGCGUUUCAUGGCGACCACGGACUUUCAACAUUCCAGUCAUCUUGUGCUGUUAGGGUAAAUAGCUGCAAUGGGGACGAGCGGUACAUGUCCAGUAGAUCAUCACAAGACGCAAUUAACCCUCAGCCACAUCAAGUCGGCUCGUACCAGUCCCCCGGGACUCUGUCAAUUACCUACAGCGCCCAUCCAAGUUACGGGACUCAAAGUUUUUGCACCGGAUACAGUCACUAUGCCCUAAAUCAGGAUGUGGACUCGUCUGUGAGGUUUCCCCAGUGUGGCCCGCUAGUUUACUCUGGAAAUAUUUCUUCCACGGUUGUGCAGCACCGUCACCAUCGCCAUGGUUCCAGUAGUGGAAACGUUCACCUCCACGGCCAAUUCCAGUACGCCUCAGCCACCUAUGGUAAUAGUUCGGAUCAGACAAACCUUUCGUUUGUGGCGGGCUGCUCAAAUCCGCUAUCCCCUCUGCAUGUGGCUCAUCACGACGCAUGCUGUUCACCUCUAUCAGAUGGCGUGUCAACAGGCCAGACAUUUGACUGGAUGAAGGUUAAACGGAACCCGCCAAAAACAGGGAAAGCUGGAGAGUAUGGAUUUGGUGGGCAGCCAAACACUGUACGCACCAAUUUUACUACAAAACAGCUGACGGAGCUUGAAAAGGAGUUUCAUUUCAAUAAGUACUUGACUCGCGCAAGGCGGGUGGAGAUCGCGGCUGCGCUUCAGCUGAACGAGACUCAGGUGAAGAUUUGGUUCCAGAAUCGGCGUAUGAAGCAAAAGAAGAGAGAAAAGGAAGGUCUUUUUCCCAAAUCUCAGUCCGAAAUGAAGGAUGGUCACGAAAACCAGGAGGGUGCAUCCGAAAAGUCGCUCUCUGCACCACCCACACCCUCUCCAACUUCUCCAACUGUUGAUGCCUACUCCUCGAAUUAAAAGGCUCUCACGUUGAUUCUGUCCACCUGUUAAUGAUAUUACAGUACUGUUAGUGACUCUCGUUUCAAGGUUUGUGUCAAAAUCAUCAUGUGACAUCAGUGAAAGUGUCAUACAGAGACCAAUGCACAACUUACAGAUUUUGACCACUCACUAUUUACCUGUGCUACUUUGUGUUAUUGUGUAAUGACUGUUAAUUGUCUUGGGCACCUUGUCAAGCACCUAGAAGUAACAAGUUGCUUGUGCAUUUUCGUGCACAGUAACAGCAAAUGCUGCACUUUUACACGUCUUUGGUCAGACUUGCACCAUUUGUCAAAAUGUCUACCUCAAGGACCAAAAUAAAUAGUGCAAUAUAUUUAAGGGAUGUAUUAUUAAGAGAGACGAAUCAAUUGUACGUUUCUCCAAAGGCUUGUUUGAACAUACUGACAACUUUCUGGACUGUGCAUAGUGUUAACCCUGAUGUUCUGCAUGUGUUGUGAGUUCUGCAACAUGAUGCGCAACUCUUCAAAGUUGCCAUCCAGUCGUACUGAGUUUUAUCAGUCAAAGAUGAAGGCUCAAGUCUCCUUUAGAAACAUGCUUUAGAUCAAGAUACGGGUGAAUUAAAUAUG